CCGCACACUUCCGGCUUCCGGCGUCCUGUCGUCACUGAAUCAACAUCGAAAACAAGAUGCGAUUGUCAGAACUCCCCAAAUAUCUGUGAUCACUGGUCAGUGACACCGAUCACCUGGGAUCAUCGGCAACUGUGUUCUUCGAAUGCUGUUUUGUAGGAUCGAUGCGUUCAAUCUGAAACAAUGCAGUUUUCUCCGAACAACGGAGACUUUACGUUCGUCUCCUCGACAGAGGCGCAAGAACUGAGUGGCACAAUCGCUGCCCCUGACAUUCAAGUAACUAUGGGCAGUGACAGUGGUAAAGAUCAAUAUGCCACUGCUUUUCUUAGGCAGCGAGGCUAUGGUUGGCUGCUGGAGGUAGAGGAGGAGGACAGCGAGGAGAGCAAACCACUUUUAGAGGAGCUGGACAUUGACCUAAAGGACAUCUAUUACAAGAUCCGCUGUGUGCUGAUGCCAAUGCCUUCAUUGGGUUACAACCGGCAGGUGGUCCGAGAUAACCCGGACUUCUGGGGCCCGCUCGCUGUGGUGCUGCUCUUCUCCAUGAUCUCCAUCUACGGACAGUUCAGGGUUGUUUCCUGGAUCAUCACCAUCUGGAUAUUUGGAUCGCUAACAAUCUUCCUCUUGGCACGUGUACUUGGCGGUGAGGUUUCCUACGGUCAGGUCCUUGGAGUGAUCGGAUAUUCCCUUCUUCCUCUCAUUGUUGUAGCCCCUCUGCUUGUUGUCAUUGGAAGAUUCCAGUUGAUUUCUACCUUAACCAAAAAGCUAACUGUGGAGGGGGUGUGGCUUGUGGGCCUGCAGCAAAGUGGGUUGUGCCACGACCGGCCUCGAAAUCAGCGACAGCUCUUUGGCGUCUUCUGGGCUGCUUACAGCGCCGCUUCACUGCUUGUUGGCGACGAAUUCAAGACCAAGAAGCCUCUGCUCAUAUAUCCCAUUUUCCUUUUGUACAUUUACUUCCUGUCGUUGUACACCGGGGUCUGACUUUCGAUAUGGAACUUUUCAUGGACACUAACCCACGAGCAGAAAAGCCGUUCUUACUUUGGAACCAGGAAGGAUGUAUAUUUCUCUUUUAGAUUGUAGACUGUGGGGAUAUAUACAGUGUGUGUAUAUGUAUGUACAUAUUUAUACAUUAUACACACACAUAUAGUAUUUCCUUGUAUAUAAGUUUGUCUCGUCUUUGUUCAAUAAAAAGCAUCUGUUUUAAAA